GUGGGAGCCUCGGGGGGCGCGGCGGGACCGCCACGGAACAGCGCGGCGCUGCCGGUGUCCGCCUGCACGGCUCGGCUUCUCUUCGCGCCAAAGCGUGUGGGCGCAGCCACACACACGGCGCUUCCCGAAGGUGAUGGAGUUUGGGGCGCCGACAGGUGCCUCGUCCUGGGAGAAACCGCCUCUGGCUCUUAAAGCAUCUGUUCAAGAAAAAAGGCCUUCCAGAUCACCAAGUCCUUCCUGCCCAUCCUGGAGUGGCUUCCCAACUACCGGGUGAAGGAGUGGUUGGUCAGUGACAUCAUCUCGGGGGUCAGCACUGGCCUCGUCGCCACCCUGCAAGGUUUGGCAUAUGCUUUACUGGUGGCAGUUCCCGUUGGAUAUGGCCUUUAUUCUGCCUUUUUCCCUAUCCUGACAUACUUUUUCCUGGGAACAUCAAGACACAUAUCAGUUGGUAACCGCACAUGUUCAAGUUACAGUAAAUUAACUAUUACAAGAUGUUAAUUUUUACUGUGAAUAUUAGUAUCUCAUCUAAGACAGAUACUUUCUAAACCAUAUUGGUUGUGCUGAAUAUUAAUAUUGGUGGGUUUGGGGGACUUAAGACUUAUGUCUUCUCUGUACAGACAGCUAACUUCAGUUGUGCCAACGCAUGCCUUUUGCUUGCAUUUAUGCUGAAGUUUAAAUCUUGUCUUUGGCUACACUCUAUGCCAGAAAUUACAGGAUAAAGUCUGCCUCAUUGGGCAGUAAGAAGAGACAUUUAGUCUAUCAGCUAAAGCUCAAGAUGGCUAAAACAGAUCUCUUAGUCUUCUCCACAAGCCUUCCUUGCUACAUCCUUUUUGAUCAUUGUGGACAAUAUCACCUUCUUGCCUGUCGCGGAGACCCAGAACCUGUGUUUCUGCUCCAGCCUCGCUGUAGGUCCUCACAUCAAGGCUAUGGGUCCAUUCCCUGUAGUCAGUUUGAUGGUGGGAUCAGUUGUAAUGAGCAUGGCCCCUGAUGAUAAUUUUCUCAUAGCUGGCAGUAAUGCUACAGGGACUAAUGGUACUGAGAUACUGAUAGACACUGACGCCAGAGAUGCCCAGAGAGUGCUGAUUGCUAGCACCCUCACAUUUCUGGUUGGAAUUUUACAGGUGGUAUUUGGAGUCCUUCAGAUUGGUUUCAUUGUGAGGUACCUCGCAGAUCCACUAGUUGGGGGAUUCACAACUGCAGCUGCUUUUCAAGUGCUCGUAUCACAAUUGAAAAUAGUCUUAAAUGUUUCAACUAAAAACUAUAAUGGUGUCCUUUCCAUAAUAUAUACUCUCAUUGAAACGUUUGAAAACAUUGGUUCCACCAACAUUGCAGAUCUUAUUGCUGGACUCCUCACCAUUUUUGUCUGCAUGGUAGUUAAAGAAAUAAAUGACCGAUUCAAACACAAGAUUCCUAUACCGAUACCAAUAGAAGUUAUUGUGACAAUAGUAGCCACUGGCAUUUCAUAUGCUGCCGACUUGGAAAAAAAAUAUAAUGCAGGCAUUGUUAAGAGCAUUCCAAGAGGAUUUUUGCCUCCCGAAGCUCCAGAUGUCAGCAUGUUUUCCCAGAUGAUAGCAGCCUCCUUUUCUAUUGCUAUUGUUGCUUAUGCUAUUGCGGUUUCUGUGGGGAAAGUAUAUGCAACCAAGUAUGACUAUGCCAUUAAUGGAAACCAGGAGUUUAUUGCCUUUGGGAUCAGCAACAUUUUUUCUGGUGCCUUUUCUUGUUUUGUUGCAACUACUGCUCUUUCACGGACUGCAGUCCAAGAAAGUACUGGCGGAAAGACUCAGGUUGCUGGUAUAAUCUCAGCUGGAAUUGUUUUGAUUGCCAUUGUUGCCCUGGGGAAAUUGCUGGAGCCCUUACAAAAGUCUGUGUUGGCAGCUGUAGUCAUAGCUAACUUGAAAGGGAUGUUCAUGCAAGUGUUGGAUGUUCCCCGUCUGUGGAGACAGAAUAAAGUAGAUGCUAUAAUCUGGGUUUUUACAUGUAUAGCAUCCAUCAUUCUGGGACUUGAUUUGGGAUUACUUGCUGGCCUUUUGUUUGGACUGCUGACAGUUGUGCUGAGAGUUCAGUUUCCUUCAUGGGGUGGCUUUGGAAACAUUCCUGGCACAGAUAUCUACAGGAAGGUCAAGGACUACAAAAAUGUUGUAGAACCAGAGGGUGUGAAGAUCCUCAAGUUUUCAAGUCCAAUUUUUUAUGCUAACAUCGAUGGACUGAAAAGCAGCCUCAAAUCCACAGUGGGAUUUGAUGCAGUCAGGGUAUACAAUAAGAGACUCAAAGCGCUGAGGAAGAUACAAAAGCUGAUCAAAAAAGGGAAAUUAAAAGCUACUAAGAAUGGCAUCAUCAGUGAGCCUGGCAUUAGUAAUGAAGCUUUUGAAACGGAUGAGGAACCUGAAGACAACGAAGAUCUUCAAGUUCCCACCAAAGAAGUGGAGAUCCAAGUAGACUGGAAUUCAGAACUGCCAGUCAAAGUAAACAUCCCCAAGGUGCCCAUCCACAGUCUCAUUCUUGAUUUUGGAGCAGUAACCUUCUUGGAUAUUGUAGCUGUGCGAUCAAUAAAAACGAUAAUUAGAGAGUUUGAGAGAAUUGAUGUGAGAGUAUACUUCGCUUCAUAUCAAGACAACCUUAUAUCUCAAUUGGAACGGAGUGCCUUCUUUGAUGACACUGUCAGAAAAGAUAUGUUCUUCCUGACUGUCCAUGAUGCUGUGCUCUACAUACGGAAUCAAAUGGCAUACAGUGACAACCAAGAUCCCAUAUUUGAGAAGAUUUCACUCAUGCAAGAAUCUAAAGAACCCAUAGAAUUCACAGAAACAGUCCGGCCUGCUGAUGAGCUUGAUGUUCAGGAAGAGGCUAUGCGCAGACUUGCAUCAUGAAGAUGGACUGCUGGUACUUUCUUACUCACUGCAAUAUUUAUGCACCAGUACUAUAUAAGCAUUUUUUGCAAUGAAACCAAUCUUGGCACUUGAAGAAAACAAUGAUUCUUUGUCUGAAUGAUACAGAUCUCUAGAAUUCUCCAAAUUUUAGCUAAUACUAUCUCUGAAGUAUUCUGGACCUUGAUUCAGCAAGCACUUUCCACUAUGAUACAUUGGAAAAAAAAUCAGAAGACUGUUAUGAAAUGUAUUCAGUUGUGGGGCUAGUCGGGCAGAAGGUGCAUUAUGUUGUUACGUCAGUGCGUACAGGAAGAAAAGCUGCUUUAUGCUCUGCCCUUGGAAGUUGAAGAGACCAAAAUCUUUGGAUCACAGGCCUUUUGCUAUGUGUUUGCACAAUGUCUAGUGACACAGUGAGACUUCUAGCUGGCCAAGGUUUGGCAAUUCUAGAACAUUUGUGUGACCAGCCUGAAAAACAUAUCUGGAUUGUUCUUUCCAGGCAGCUCCUUAAAUUGCUGCAGGUUGAUGGAUAGCUGAAAUGGGCCAUGGGUGAAACAGCCACAUGAACAGGAAACUGCACUGAACACUAAAAAAAACUUUGAAUACAGUAACUUUAUUAGAAAAUAUGUUUGGAUAUGGGUUCGUUAGCUCUGUAUUAAUCCCAUUGUAGCAAAUCAUGCACUACUAUUAAUGAUUUUCCCUAAAAUGAAGUAUAUACAGAAGAUGAUUUUGGCUAUAUAUCUUUCAUCAAGAGGUAGACUGGGACCCGGACUGGAUCAACUAAAACCUUAGUUCUCAAGUACUUAAUGGGUUCUGUACAACGGGCUGCUAUUGAAUGCAAGAGAGUCAAAAUGUCACCUAGUAAAAAGGUUUUUAACUAUGGAAUAUAGAAGUUUAAGUAGUUUAAUGAAUGAUUCUAUUUUUAUAUAGCAUAUUUUUUUCUUUUAAUAUUCUACAUCAAACUGCUGCUGUUCUUUUGCAGGACAUGUAUAGACAUUUGACACAGUCCAUAAUGCACAAGUGCAAUAAUUUACAGAAGAGAAGGGAGUUGAACUUUAAUCCUUAUUUUAGGACUAUAUAAAAUAGAUAUGCAGUAAAUCAGUGAUCUUAAUUUCAUGAAGGAACAUUUGUUUGAUGGAAAACAGAUUGCUACCUUAAUAUUUUAGCACUGUGUUAUUUUUUUAAUGGAAAAACAAAAACAAAAAAAAACACAAAUCUUUGCACAAUGAGGGAAUAUAUAAUAACAGAAGUAUAAGAAACGUCCAGGUAUAAUGUACCCUCAGUAUUUAAGCUUCCCAGUUGUUGGCGUUUAUAUUGAUAUUUGUUAAGUCUCCUUAUUUGAUUACAUCAGAGAAUUUUUCCUAUAUUAUACUGCACUGAGAAAAUUUUUGCUGCAAGUAAGGUUAGUGGAAAACCUCAGGUGAAGAGCUAAGCACUAAGUACGUUAUUCUGCCCUACAGACCUGAGUGAACUCCAUUAAGAUCAUUUAAAAGAAUCCUAUGAAUUUCAAUCAGUUGGACAGGAUUCCCACGCAGUGGGUAAAGGCAUCAAACUGGCAUCUUUGUUCCCUAAUAAAUGCAAAAAACUUCAGUUCUAAUGACAA